AUGUCUCAAAGUUGGCUCCUCUGGAAGCGGUCCCUGAUUACAGGCGGUGGAAUUAUUGGAAGCGGUGUGCUGCUGUACAUAUUUACGACGCCCACUGAGGAACAGCUAGUCGCAAAGCUGUCUCCAGAGCUGAGAGCAGACUACGAGCGCAACAAGGAACUGCGGAGGAAAGAACAGGAGAUGCUGAUGGAGAUCGUGAAGCAGACGGCCGCGUCGAACGACCCCGUGUGGAAGACAGGGCCGAUUGUGUCGCCGUGGGAUCGAGACUUCACGCCGUCGAGAGAAAGCCUAUUGGUGAAGAGAGAGCGAUUUGAGAAAGAGCAGGCAGAGAAAAAGCAGCGCGAGGAGCUCGAGCGUUUAAAGGCCGAGGCUAAGCUUGUGCAGGCCGACGAGAACAAGGGCAGGGGGUGGAAGUUUUGGAGAAAAGAUUAA